GGGUUCAAAAUUAGGCAUGAAUCAACUUUGUUCCACACCGGUUCAGUUUGGUACGAGGUGUACCGAGUAGUUCGGCAUACCUUGGCUAGUAUAGUAUGAAAACUCAUCAAGGACAAUGCGGGGUGAUGGCUAUGUGAGACAGAAAUUCAGCUUUAAAUUUUUCAUUAGGAUUUUUUUGUUUGGUUGAAAAGUGCAGGGGAAUAGGAAAUUAUGAUAAAAUCAAUGUUUUUGUAAUUUGGGUUUUUCAGGCUAAUUUUCUUCUCCUUUACCUUACUAAACCUUACUAAUUCUUCUUCUUUUUUUUUCUUUUAUUCCCAUUUGAGUAUCUUUAUUUUGUUUCAGAGAUGAACUGUCUUCCCCCCCAAAUAAAAAAACACUUGGCGGCACUGCUGAGUAUGUGAAUAUGUUACAAUGUUACUAAAUUUUAAUAGCUUCAGUUUAGGACUGGAGGGAGGGAUUUGGCCAAUAAUUAAUGAGUCUGUUGAAUUUUUAUGUGAGAGACAUGUUUUACUACAAUGGUGCUUAGAAGACAAAAGUUUCCCAAUUUUAAAUGAGAUUACUGCUGUAUAUUAUGGUUCAUUGAAGCAUAUGCAGAUACAUUUCAAACAAUAGGCCUUGUUGGUCAUUCCUCUUUUUUAUUUGAUUUUAACUUUUCAUGAGGUUGCAGAUUUAGUGAAAUGUCAUGCAUUCGAUUUAUAGCCUUGAGUUUCAUAUAGAGCCUAAAGUAAAAUUGAGGUCCUCUGCUAAUAUUUAUUCCAGUCACAAAUAAAAUAUAUUUUCUUGCAAGAUGAGUUCAUAGGAUCUGAGAAUUUUGGUUGUACAUCAAUGCUUGCUUGUUAGAUCUCUUGCUGUUAGUGUUCUUGACAUUAUGCCUAACUAUAUAUCUAUUCAUGUCUCUCUCAUUGAUGAUUCACUUCUGAAAGAUGACCUUUUCUUUUGUUGUGCAGAGUUGUAUUAAUUUCCCCUAGGAAUUAUAAGUUGAUGAUAGGAGAUCUUUCACAUUUUAUUGUUCUUGCCUUCUAUUUGAUUUUGUCUCUCUUUUCAGGCAUACCAGGCUGCGCUAAAUCAGAUCUAUGCAAAGAAUUACUAAACACUCCCAGUGGCCUUGGAGACAACUGCCCUAUGCAUAGUCUGAUGGGUGAUCUUAUUAAAGGAAGAUACUGGCAAAAGGUUUCUGAUGAGCGUAGGAAGAAACCAUGUGCCAUAACCCUAGGCAACAAAAAUGCUCCAAAGGAAGAAGUGUGGAGACAGAUUGAGGACAUUUGUUGGAGCACAAAAGCAUCUGCUGUUCCUGUUGUUCCAGAAACUGAAGGAACUGAUUCAAUUCCAUUUUCUCUUGAUGCGCUGGCUGUUUUUAUGUUUCAUGUUCUUCAACGUGUAAAUCGUCCGGUAUCUGCAUGCCUCUGCUAAUUUUAAUCGCAGAGAAUUUGAGAGUGAAUUGUAUGAACGUUUUGGCUCAUUGAUCAAGAUGCCUUUGCUCAAGGCUGAUAUGUAAAGAUACCUUUCUGUUUUAAUUGUUCCGACAAUUCAGUGCUUUAAGGCCUUUGCACUAACGAGCUCACCGUAAAGGCCAGCCAGGCCAGCUGCUAUGUGGUGAUAUGCUUGUGAGUUGUGUUACAAACCACGUGAUGGUCAAUCAAAUUCAAUCAUCAUAUCAUCGUAAACCUUUUUUCUCGGGAAAAGGUAUAGUGACGACUAUCCUGGGAAUAAUGGAUUUAGAACCUCUACAAAUAUAGUUUAUGCAUGUUCUGGUUGUAAAAUAUUGAAAUAUAAGUCAUUUAUCGGUUAGAUAGGUCGGGGGUGCUUUUAUCUAAAAUUAGAUUGGGUUUAAAACUGGCC